AUGACGUCCUCUGACAGCCCCGAAUAUCUGGCUCAGUCAAAGGUGACGGAUUUGAUCGUCUGUUAUUCAAUCCCGAUCCCUCUCGAGAUCCUUUCGACGGCCCUGCGACUCUGGGCCCAGCAGCAGCCAUGGCGAGGUGGAUUGGCGUUCGACGACAUUCUCAUGAUUUGGGCUACUGGCGACUAUGUCUUUAGCCAUUUCUAUGACUUUGCGAUUGCGAGCACAAAGCUGUCAGUUUUGGCCUUGUACUAUCGCCUCUUUCCGACUCAGAAAUUCCGGUUCAUUGUGACGCUCACCGCGGGAUUUGUGUUUCUAUGGCUCGCGACGAUGGAGUUCGUGCUUGGAUUCCAGUGUCGACCUAUACAGAAAUUCUGGAACAGCGAGAUUCCGGGGAAAUGCUUCGAUCUCGUUGCAUUCAGUUACUUCACCAACAUCACCAAUUUAGCUACCGACAUAUGGAUCUUCGUGCUCCCUCUACCCAUUAUUCUGCGAUUGCAGAUUUCGAGACCCAAGAAAAUUGGCCUUAGUUUCCUCUUUUCCGUGGGGUUAGCAACUUGUGCUGUUAGUGCCGUGCGGCUAUCUGUCGUCGUCUCCCAAGGAUCUUCGGAUUUUACCUGGGCUGGAGUUCCUCUGGGAAUCCUAUCGGUAUGGGAACCUCUUGGAGGUAUUUUGUGCGCCAAUCUACCCAUAAUCUACAAGCCCCUCGUGACUGCUUUUAGAAGGGCGGCCGGGCUUCCGUCGGCUGAUCAGUCAGGGGCCGGUGUCCAUGACAGCUGGUACAGGCUUGAUAACUCUAGCCGAAGUAAAGGGAAUGCGCGGCUAAUUUCCUCUCAGUGCCGAAACAAGGACCAUAUGUUUACGCUCUCUUGGGUUCUUGGUCCGAAUACCACCCCCAGUAAACCGCCGCUGCGGUUAUCAGACCCAUCAGCCCUUCAAAAGGUGCGACACUUCGCCAUGGCCCCCCAUUCCGAUGGAAAAUGA